AGAGAAUAGCAAUAAAGUAGGUUUAAAUUCUAAACAAUUUGUUUCUUUCUCUUCCUAUUCUCUUUCAUAAACUGCAACAUAAUGUUGAGAAUGUUGAAAACAGAAAAGUCAUCAGAUUCUACCAUCACUACCAAGUUUGGACGUCGUCCUCCUUCUACCUAUUCCAUGAAGAUCCAAAGCCUCUCUCAGCUCAAGACUCUCUUCCCCGGUACCGACGGAUACAAAUCCCGUGCCUUCUCUUCCGGAACAUAUAACUGGAAACUGGUAAUAUAUCCCACAGGAAACCAAAAAGACAACGGGAAACGGUCUGUUUCAAUGUACGUUGAGUUAGAUAGCAAAAGCGUCUCGUCCACUGUUUUGGCGUAUCUGACCUUCUUCGUCUACAACAAGAAAGAAAACAAAUACUUUACCAUUCAAGAUGAUGAAGGAAAGCAGUUCAAUGCGGUAAGACCCGUGCAUGGGUUUCCGCAAGUACUUCCGCUUGAUACGUUCAACGAUCCUAAAAACGGAUAUGUCUUUGAUGGAGAUGAGUGUGAGUUUGGUGUUGAUGUGAUGGUUCCACUUACCAACUGGGAAGUUGUCUCCUAUGCUCAGGUACUUCCGCUUGAUACGUUCAAUGGUCCUAAAAACGGAUAUGACUUUCAUGUAGAUCGGUGUGAGUUUGGUGUUGAUGCGAUGGUUCCACUUACCCGCUUAAAAAUUCUUUUCCACGUACAAAAAUUUCUCUAAGUUGGAAAAGCAUUGCUACGUAUCAAACAAAAUCCCAGUGGGAGAAUUCGGGCCUUUGAGUGGCAAAAAAAAAAAAACAAAACUCUCUCUACUUGAGUUCGCCCUAAUUUUCUUCAGUCUCUCCGCCGCCGCCGUUGGUGUGCGUGUGUGAGCUUUACUUUUUGCUUUCUCCCUUUCUCUUCGGUUUUGAUUUGCUAGCUCUCUCUCUUUCAGUCCUCGUCGACAUGCCGCGUAUUCUGGAAACCUCUUGUUCCUCCUCCGUGUCCUGCUCAUGAGGGAAACCGGUGUGAAAGGUGAGAGCUUCUGGAGUAUAGGUGAGGCGAGUCUUCCGAUCUAGAGAAGUUAGUCGGCUUUUGGGGUUGAUGCUCGUCGGAUUCGUUUUCUCCUUAGAUCUCCGGCGAGCUUCUGCGAUUGACAGCGCGUGACAGUGUGUGGCGUCUCCUCUGCUACAGAUCCGUUCUUCAGCUGCGUUUAUUGUUUUUUUUAGACUCGUCAGCAGAGAGGGGUGGUGGCGUGUGACUCUCACUUCCGCUUGGUGUCUCGCCGGAGGUGACUCACGUCGCUGUCUCCCAGGAGGUUUCUGUGUGGUUCAUCCACAUGGGCGUGUGCAGAGCUUGGGUCUCUUCGUGUGUUGGGUCCUCGGUUCUGAUUCGGCGCGUGCGUGUCUUCAACAAUGGCGUUUUGGGUUCUGAGUCGUCUAUGGCUUCAUAUCUGCCGUGGUUUGGUUGCAUCCUCCUUGUUCUGCUCCGGUCACGGCUCCCCCGUGUUCCUCUCUUGACGCGUCUGUCGCGAAGACCCGUCAAUGAGUCUACGUGUCCUGUUUUUGGCGUCAUCUAUGCGUUUCAGAUCUCGGCGUGUAGGGAUUGCUCCUCUCGAGUCCGACAGUUUUCUGGUUCUCAGGAGCUGUCCAUGGCGAGUUCCCUCUCUCCUAUUGGUCAUUGGAAGUGUGUGGAUCUUGGUGGUCUCCAUGGGUUGAGCGCAACUUCCCGACACUAGAGCCUCUCCGAGUUUCUAGUGGUUGUGUUUCUCUCGGCUCGUUUGCAGGUUCGGACCGGUAUCACGUGGUGGUGCAGCGGUCUUUCAACCCACUUUUCUUAGGUAUCGUUUUUCUCUUCUUUAGAUUUCUCGGUAUUGUGCUUCAUUGUCUACGAAGAGGCUUUUAGUUGGUGGUUCGGAGGUGACUUUCUCGAUUCUCCGUGGCGCUGAGGUGUGGUUUGGUGGGCUGCGCCAAUCUCUAGCUAUAGUUCUGACGAGAAAGAUCAACCAGUUGAGGAUGGCGGUUCCCCUUAACAAUACGGUUGGACUCGAUCGACAGUGUCUAUACUAGACGGUAUGAAGACAGAAGCGUUACGUGGAACUCUCAUCUGUGUGUCGGCGAUUAUUUUGAGAGUAAGUGGAUCUAUAGUGGUCGGCUUGAUUUCGGUUAAGUUGGCGUCGUUGGCCGCGGAUCUAUGGCGAUGAUAGGGAUCUUAUAAGAACCCUUGAGACAUAGAUUUUUUCCCAUCCACUGUAUGUUUGGCUUUUUUCUCCAUGGUCUUAGCGAUAAGCCUAAUCUAUUUGUGUAGUCCACUGUUUCUCUGAAAACCAGCCGGAGGUUUUGUUCCGGUGCUCCUUUGAGUUGAUUAUAAAAAGUAA